AUGGCUCCCUCUCUGUGGAUCGGAGUCUCAACCCUAUGGGUCUCUACCCUCCUCUAUGGCAUCUACCUCGUCCUUUUCUGGCGCUGCAUGUCCAUUCUCCUCCGUGGCUCCCGCUCGGGAAGCUCGCAACACAUCCUCCUCAUUAGCGCCAUCAUCAUGUUCACACUCUCCACAACGUCCGUGCUCAUAUUCCUGCUGCAAGGCGCCACAGCCUACGGGUCGGUCCGUUUGCGGCUAGAUGAGCUCCAAAUCGCCGGGGCUGUCGUCUAUGUAACGAACAAUGUCUUUGCUGAUGCACUCCUCAUCUACCGCUGCUAUGUCAUUUGGAACACAGUCUAUGUCACGAUCGUUCCGUUGCUGCUGCUUGCGGCGACAAUGUUUCUGGGCUAUGCAAUCCAGCUGAAACUGUUCUUCAUCCUGUCAUUGACCACCAAUCUCCUCGUCCCUGCCCUCGUUGCGGGCCGUCUAUGGUGGGUAUUGCGCCGGAUACGAGGCAUAGCGAGCGAGCAGACAAGGAAGCAGGGUCGAAAGGCGAUGGUCAUCCUUCUCGAGUCGGGGCUCAUCUACUCCCUCGUUGUGUCCAUCCACAUGAUCUACUUCCAUUAUGACAACCCGAUGGACCAGGUCGUUUAUGCCGCCUUAGCGCAGCUCGUUGGAAUCGUGCCUACGCUAAUCAUUGUAAGAGUUGGCCGGGGCGUCAGCCAAGACUGCAACGACAACACGACCACCAUGGUCGGCUCUUCUGGGACCAUGACGCGCCAGGCGAGCAUGCGCUCCGGCCACUCCGAUGUGGAGAAGAACGACGACGACGCAGACGCCCGCACAAUUGUCGUCCAUGUUACGCACGACAUUGAAACGACAAGAGGGUCCAUGGCCCUGCCAAAGCUAGAGAGAAGUACUUGGGAGGCAGACAGCCCCGUUUAG